AGCUAUCACGCUGUACUCCAGUUGAUGGCAUGGUUUAGCAAUGAAGAACAUUGUGAGUGACCUUGCUGUGAAGCGAUCUAUUGAAGCUCUUUAUACUGGUGGAACAAUAGAAUGGAGUGCUGAUGGUAGCACACUGUAUUCGACUUGUACAAAUGUAAUCAAAGUGAUUAAUCUGGACGAAAAUCUGUCCUGUUACACUAUUGGGGACCCCGAAGAAAGUCUACGGAUAACUUGCAUCUCCUUAGAUAAGAAUCGCUCUCGAUUACUUGUGGCCUACACCAAUUAUGUGAUUCGUGAAUUUUCUCUUGAUGGUUCGAAUGCUGUGGCUCGGAUGUGGAAAACGAUGCACACUGCACCAAUUUUAUCCAUGAAAUUCAACCAAGAUGGAACCCUUCUAGCAACCGGCUCAGCGGAUCACUCUGUAAAGGUAUGGGAUAUGGUACAGCAGCAUUGUAUUCAUACUUUGAAAGGACAUAGUGUGGUUUCUGCGUUGGCUUUUAUACAAAACAGUCGCCUCAUGGCUGGAUACGUUGAGGGACAAAUCUGCAUGUUUGACUUGGUCAAAGGCGCUAUUCAUAAGUUGCUAAGGGAAUGGAAAACCCAUAGCAGUCAAAUUACGGGAUUUGUGGAACUAUCCUCUUCUCGUCGUGUUGUCGCUGUUUCGAGAGAUCAGACAGCUUCAAUUAUAGAGGCUGAAACAAGAGAAGUGCUCAAAGUUUUCCCAUUGUUUGAAGUCAUCGAGUCUGUUGCCCUUGCUCAUAACGGUAACCUUGUCACCGUAGGUGAGGAAGGGACAGUAAAAGAGUGGAUUGUUGCAUCUGGAAAUGUGCUCCGCAGAAAGAAGAUUGCCGCAAUAGGAUUGGAUUCUUUGGCUUACAAUCCUGUGCGGGACCAGCUGCUGAUCACUUCUGCUGAAGAAAAUAUAUACGUCGUUUCUUUUAGUGAUCUGUCUAUCAAGAGGCAGAUUGUCGGAUUUCAUGAUGAGGUGUAUGCAUGCGCUCUACUUGGUAAGGAUGAAUCUCACUUAGCUGUUGCUUCUAAUGCGAGAGAAAUCCGUCUGUAUGACACCAAGACAUGGGAUUGUCAACUAGUUGAAGGACACACUGAAGGUGUUCUACACGUCACAACGGCUAGAUUUGAUCCUACACUAUUGGCUUCAUGCAGUAAAGAUAAUUCGAUAAUUGUGUGGAAGUUACAAGCUAAACCGAAUGCGAGCGCUUCGAGAGUCCAGCUGCAACCAAUAGUUCGAGCAACCGGUCACACUAGUUCUGUCAACUCCGUAUGCUUCUCCUCAUUGGCGAAAAGGCCGUUUUUGGUUUCCGUAGCGUCCGAUGCGACCAUAAAGCUGUGGUCUCUAGUAGAUCUUGAUUACGAUGUCGAAGCAGGCGUCAAUAUUGAAGAUCUAGGGAAACUCGCUUGCUCUUCAACGCUAGUGGCACAUGCUAAGGAUGUGAACUGCGUGGAUGUUGCACUCACUGAUAGUAUCUGUAUCACUGGAGGGAUGGACAAGCUGGUAAAAUUGUGGCAUAUCGAUACGGCAAAGAUGCGAUUGGGCAUCGCUGGAACGUUGUCUGGGCAUCGGAGAGGAGUUGCUGAUGCAAGAUUCUCUCCGAACUCUUUGAAAGCAGCUUCAUCGAGCGGCGAUAUGACUAUCAAAAUCUGGUCACUGCAGGACAAAGCUUGCUUGCAGACAUUGAGUGGACAUAAUUCUGCCGUAUUCCGGAUCUUAUUUGUGAACCACGGAACUCAGCUUCUGUCAGCAGAUAGUGCAGGCAUAAUGAAAGUGUGGACACUGUCGUCAUCAGAUGUAGAAACGACGAUCGAGGCUCACAACGACAAGAUCUGGACAAUUUUGGUGAAUCACGAUGAGAGCGAAUAUGUGACUGCUGGUACAGAUGGACGAAUCAUAAUGUGGAAAGAUGUUUCUGAAGAAAAGAAAAUCGAAGAAGAAUUGAAAGUCAGGAAACGUAGGGAAGAAGAGCAGACUCUAGACAAUCUUCUCGAGCAAGGCCGACAUCAGGAAGCACUAGAGUUCGCUUUAGGGCUAGUAAGGCCAUUCUGUGCUUUGAAGGUAAUUGAGCGACUGAUUGAUGGCGACGAGCUCAUGACUGCGAUCGAAAAACUGGAUAAGCAGCGAUUACAGACCCUGUUGGAUUUUGCCACACAGUGGAACACCAAUAGCAGGACGUCUUUGCCAAGUCAAUAUGUUGUGAACUGCAUACUUAAACUCAUUCCACCCGAUGAGCUGCUGGAGCUUCCCAAUAUCAGAUCGGCUGUCGAGUCACUUAUACCUUACACUAAGAGGCAUAUGGAGCGGUUGAAUAAAGUACGGCAAGACGUGUCAUUAUUGAACUUUACUUGGAACCAAAUGCGUCUAAAUUAACGUCCUAUUCUACUGUUUCGAUUUGCUCAUAGAGCAGGCAUUCAAAUUGUUGACCAUUGUUAGUUUGUUAAUCUUCCCAUAUGAAGACUUUAUGUUGGUUUUGACCAUCGUUAUUGUUUUUGUUGAACCUUUUUUUACCUUAAUAAAGAAGUAUAUCUGUGUUGUG